AAUUUUCACGAUUUUAACAGAGAGGAAAGGGAUAGAAAAAAAAACGUAGAAAAUAAGAACUUUCUAACCCUAAUACCCCCAAUCCGUAGAAUUUGCGCUAACCCUUGAUUAAACGGGAAAAUCCAUCUCUCUCUACGGUCUACAUUCAUGAUGCGUAUUCAUCCAUUUUAGUUUUCCUUCUAAAGAGUUCAAUUUCGUAUUUCCAGCAUCAAUUCAAGUUACUUUUCGUAGAUAAGAAGAGUGAAUUGAAGUUUUUUUCCGACGAUUUCGCAAAAUUGAAGGAACUCAUCAGCAACAGAUGUAACUUAGUGAUUUUUGACAAAAUAUUGACAGCAGAAGUCAUUUGGCUCUGUGGCUCUAUUGUCAGGAAAAAAUAAUACUUGAUACGGGGAUUCCUGUACAGAAAUGGAAUGCAACAAAGAUGAGGCUGCUAAGGCUAAAGAACUUGCUGAAAAGAAGUUUGAAGAAAAAGAUAUUACGGGGGCAAGGAAAUUUGCUUUGAAGGCUCACAACUUGUUUCCUGGUCUAGAUGGUCUUCAACCGUUGCUGGCAACUUUAAACAUCUACCUCUCUGCUGAGCGAAAAACAAAUGGGGAAGUUGAUUGGUAUGGAGUACUUGGUGUUGAGCCAUCAAGUGAUGAUGAAACAGUGAAGAAACAGUACAGGAAACUUGCCCUUACUCUCCACCCUGACAAAAACAAAUCCGUUGGUGCAGAGGGAGCUUUCAAAAUUCUUUCAGAAGCCUGGAGUAUAUUGUCUGACAGAGCCAGGAGAAUAGCAUUCGAUCAAAAGAGAAAUUCAAAGAAGAUAUAUGAGAAAAUUGUACCAACAAAGCCUUCUAAACCAGCUGGCAGUGAGAGCCUUCGUCGGUCUGCUAAUAAUGGUAAUUCUAACAUGAGGAGUCAGAAUGCCCCAAAUCCCCAUUUAAAUUCAGUUCCUCCACCGCAACGUAAUACAUUUUGGACCAUGUGUACCAGUUGCAAAAUGCAAUUUGAGUAUGUUCUUUUCUACCUCAACAAAAAGCUUGAAUGCUACAGCUGCAAGGAGCCCUUUCUGGCAAUACAGAUCCCUCCUCCACAGACAAAUACUCAUUCAUCACGGGCUUCUCCCCUUGCUGGAUACUCAGGAACUGCAGGAAGCAUGCCAGCAGCAGCUUCCACAGCAGCACAAGCUAUGAACGGGACUCAGUUUCCUCAUGGGAAUUCGAAUAGUAUGCAUGAUGUUUCACAAGUGAGUGCGACCCUGGAAGCUGUAAUCAAGAGUAAAACCAAUGCCUGUAAAAGAGCUAAUGCUAGUGAAGCUAAUGGAGCAUGCUUUACAGGGAAGGCUGAAAAGCCUAAAAGAAGAAGACGUGCAAGUGAACAGAAGGUGAAUUACAGUGGAAUCGGAAAGACUGAUUCAGUAUUGAGGGGAAGUGCAGCAUUUAACGUUGGGAGUUCAAAUGGAUUACAGAAUGGUAUCACGGAAACAGAGAAGGUAGCUGUUUCUGGGACUAGAUUACCAGCUAUCUCAAGGGAGUUGUCAUUACUUGAAACUCGAAAUAUGUUGAUGGCAAAAGCUAAGAAUGAAAUAUGCAAGAAGCUGAGUGAGUGGAAGAACAUGGAUUACAAGCCGAAGGCUUCACAUAAGAAAUUGGGUCCCAAUGAAAAACAGAAGGCGAAAGAGAAAAUAUCUGUAUCUAAACCUCAGCCUAAUGCUGAUGUAAAUGAAGUGAACACCGUUCGAAGCAAGGCUAACUCUUGUGCAGGAGUUAAACAUGCGGAUGAAAAGCUCAAGACCUCGUCAUCCUUUAGCUGUAAAUCUGACAUGGAUGAUACAGAGCCUGUGGAAUUGUCUAUGGCUGUUCCAGACCCUGAUUUCUAUGAUUUUGACAAGGAUCGAACUGAAAAGUCUUUUGGUGAAAAUCAAGUUUGGGCAGCUUAUGACGAUGAUGAUGGUAUGCCCCGUUAUUAUGCCUUGAUUCAUAGUGUGAUUUCGAGGAAACCAUUUAAGAUGCGCAUCAGUUGGCUGAACUCUAAAAGCACCUCUGAAUUUGGGCCCAUAAACUGGGUAGGCUGUGGCUUCUACAAAACCAGUGGUGAUUUUAGAGUCGGUAGGCAUGAAAUCAACAAAAGUGUUAAUUCCUUCUCACAUAGAGUGAAGUGGAUGAAAGGUGCAAGAGGGGCCAUCAGAAUAUACCCAGGUAAGGGAAAUGUUUGGGCUUUAUACAGAAAUUGGUCUGCUGAGUGGAAUGAGCAUACCCCAGAUGAGGUAAUACACCAAUAUGACAUGGUAGAGGUUCUUGAUGAUUACAAUGAGGAGAAAGGAGCAACUGUCAUUCCGCUGGUGAAGGUUGGAGAUUUCAAGACUGUGUUCCGCCGGCACGUGGAUCAGGAACAAGUUAAGGUAAUUCCACGAGAAGAGAUGUUCAGAUUUUCACAUCAAGUUCCCUCUUUUUUGCUUACUGGUCAAGAAUCUGGUACUGCCCCCAAGGGUUGCUGGGAGCUUGACCCUGCUGCUACGCCAGUGGAAGUACUUCCGGUGAAAACAGAAACUACAGAGAAGGUGAAGAAAGAAAAUCCUGAGAAAGUUCCAAGAGACGCUGUUUCUGAUCUGAAAGAUGCAAUUUGGAGUAAAACAAGUGAAGCACGGAAGAUGGGAGAUGGGGUAACUGUUGAGGUUGGAUAAAUAUCAUGCUGAUCAACUGUCCUUCAGAAGACCCGGGACAUCAUGCUGUGUUUGCAGUAGUAUUUUGAACCUAAAAUUGGUAUAAGAAAUCUUUUUGACGGGUGCUGACAAUUUGAUCGAAGUUCAAAUAUCGAUGUGGGAGAUUUGAUGGAGCAAACGAUCUUUCUCCUCUUAUAGCUGCAGAGUGAAUCAAUGACGUAAUCAUUUAUUUUUGCUACUGAUCCAAAGGGGAUCAUUUGUGUAGUGUACAGCUUCACUUACCACAGGCACACAGGUCUAUUUUCCUACAGGUACAGAAACUUGAAAAGUCCCAAUAUUCUAAUAUAGUUCAUUCAUGAAUUCAUGAUAUCAGGGUAGUUCAGAAGUUAAAGAUCAGGAUACAUUCUUUUUUGGGCGCUGUCCAUGAUAGCAAUUCCUUUUUAUUAUCUAAA